CACGAGACCUGUUGCGAACGCGGUACCCCGACCUUUGACUUCGCGAUUUCCAUGAAAUUUCGUGGCCCGUUCAGUGUUGAAGAGCUCUCGACAGCUCCCGUCGACCGUACCCUGGACCGUUGUUCUCACCAGCAUCCCACUUGAAACGGUGCCAGUCCCUUUGCCGUGAGCAUCUUGCGAAGAAUCGAGCCAUGGGCCGCACAGGAUACACGUGCAUCAGGCACGUCUUUUGCUCCCUCAACGUUCUUAUUUGGUUAUGCGCUUGCGGAAUUUUGGGUGCAGGCCUCUGGCUACGACUGGCGUACUCCGGAUACACGACCUUGAUGCCGUAUUACAGUUUCGCAUCAGCUGAUUCUUUGCUGCUAGCCGCCGGUUGCGUGACCUUCGUGAUCGCCUUCUUCGGAUGCUGCGGUGCCUGGUUUCAAUCCAGGUGCAUGCUGAUCACGUAUUUCGGCCUGGUGAUGCUGAUGUUCCUCGCGGAGUUCAUGCUUGGGACUUUAGCGUUCAUCUUCAGGGAACAUCUGGCGAAGAGCUUGAAGGAGGAACUGCUCUUCGGUAUUGAGAAGCAUUAUAACUUGACGAAGGAACCUGGAACCAUUCCUGUUAUUUGGGACCAUAUACAGAGUGAGUUCCACUGCUGCGGUGUACGGGACUACACCGACUGGUUCCAGAUCGACGCGUGGCCAACGGAGGAUCGUGUGCCCGACUCCUGUUGCAUGCAACGCGAACGAUACUGCGGUCGUCUCGAUCUGAACGGUCGUAACAAGGAGCUGUGGUACAGGGAGGGCUGCGUCUCAGCGAUUCAAAUGUGGCUGGUCACCAGGCUCCAUGUGGUCGGGACCGUUGGCCUGGUGGUCGCUUUCCUUCAGCUGUUCGGUCAGGUGGCUAGUAUGAUCCUAUUCUGCACGGUCAGGCACAAGAGAUCCUCCCACACGUACAAGAGCUACGACACCACGAACACCUAGAAUUUCCGUUGGAUCUUGGACGAGACCAGCGUCUAAGAUCCACGGGACGCCGACCCAUCGCGCGCAACGAUCACGAUCCCCUUCCAGCCAAGUCUGAAGAGGAUUUCGAUCGUUCCACAAACAACCGCGAAGCGACAUCUGAUCAGCAUCGUGAAGUUUCUUCGUUUUUAAUAAGACAUUUUUUUAUCCGUUGUGUACACGUCGAAACAGAUGUUUGUUCGUGAACCUAGGAUAGGAUCUAGCGAACAAGAGGAUCCUUGUCGCGAAAACAUCUCGACGUUCAGAUAAUUGCCACGGAGAUCGUAAAAUUUAAUGGAACGAGAUCGCGGGACGAAAUGAUUGACGAGACCAGCUCGAAGCGAUACGUAAGUCGGUUCAUUAGUUUAAAUGGGUCGUUAGUUUUGAUUUAUGAUUCCUUCUUGGACAGUACGACGAGCUUUUCCCGAAGAAACACUGACUUCUUGGGAUCGUAGUCGCAGCGACCAUUUUGGCCUUACAUACGUAGAAACGAAACGGAAGUGACUGCCGUCACGGAGCCAAUUUCGAUGAUUUAAAUAGCGUUAGGAAACAAUCGACAGAAUUGUUCUCGUAUUAUAGGAUGCAAUCUUUUAUGUUAUUCUGCAUGCGAUUUUCCUUCGUUUUAAUGUGUAACGUUAUCAACAUAUCGCGUAUACCAAAAUUGCUGUUUGCACGACCAGACAUGGCCACCGAUCAAUUCGAUAUUUCUCGAUAUCUGUUGUCUAUCGUUUUGCCUACGUGCCUGACCGUGCAAACGCGAGAACAAGUAUUCUUACUCGUUAACGUUUAAGGUCGCGUCGACACACUCCCGUGGGAACCAGGGAUCCAUGGCCGUCGAGAUAUCAUUCGUUUAGCUUUAAAACCACGGGUGUGUCGAUCGGACGGUUUUAUAGUAUAUUUAUUUUAUUCUGUACACCAUCGUACUAAUAGUCGGUAAUUUAGCAGCACGUGACGCCUAUUGUUUCGUUGCGGGAGCGUGAUCUUGAGUGUAUUACGCCGUUCGAUCGAAACUGCUGAUGGUAAAUAGCGGAACGUGUAAUCGCGUUCUGGUACACGAAACAAUUUAUAAAAAUUAUCGAAGUGCCGUGUAAAGUGACGCAACAGCUCGUAACGUUGUAUGUAUAUUGUUCGAAUAAUAAAUAAUAUAUUUA